AUGUCCGUCAGCGCUCUCGUACUUCCGCGGCUCACCGUCUACGCCGGCGGGCUGCACUCCGGAACGAGGACCUGGCCACAUGUGGAGGGCCUGAAACUGGCCGACCCCGUAUACAGCGCCGCUGACCAAGUCGACAUUCUCCUCGGAGCCGACGUCCACGCCGCCAUCCUCCGCAAAGGUCUACGAAGAGAAGAGCGCCGCGAACCGCUGGCGCAGAACACGACUCUAGGAUGGAUUCUGUCGGGAGCGAUCGGCGGAACCACCUCCUCCCUACCGGCGCAUACGCAUCAGUGCCGGCUGGAGGACGACCUCGCAAGCGUGGUGCGUCGCUUUUGGGAACAGGAGGACAUGCCGAUGACCGCCAUCGCCAUCUCCAAGGACGAGCAGGAGUGCGAGCACUUUGUGCGCACGCAUUCACGAGGGCCUGACGGGCGCUACACGGUGCGCCUCCCGGUGAUCGAGCCUCUACCGGACCUCACCGGCACACGUCGCUCGGCUCUGCGGUUGCUAAAGCAGAUGGAGGUUAGGUUCGGACGAGAGGCUUCGUUCCGGGAACUAUACACGGAAUUCAUGAGUCAGUACGCGAGCUUGCGGCACAUGACGCCGGUCUCCCCGGGCUCGGACGUCGUUCCGGAGCCACGAUGCUACCUCCCUCAUCACGGGGCGAUGCGGGAAGCGAGCACCACGACCAAAUUGCGAGUCAUGUUCAACGGCUCGACCAAACUGCCGACAGGCGAGACACUCAAUCGGCAUCUGAAAAUCGAACCAAAUCUGCUACCAUUUGCCGAGACGUUUACAUGGAUGACGUCCUGA